AUGAGAAAUGUAACGCUCUCCUUCGACCCCGUCAAAAUCAGCGCUCUCCUCUCCCUCUGCGGCCAACAGAAAUACCUCACUCUCGGCUCGUCCAUCCAUGCCUCCAUCUUCAAGCUCUCACCUCUCCUCGACCCCCAAAACCUCACUCUUCUAUCCAACUCUCUCAUCUCAAUGUACUCCAAAUGCAACAAACUACCCGAAGCGACUGUUGUUUUCAACCAGAGAGCAUCAACAGACACCAUCACUUGGAACUCCAUCAUCAUGGGUCAUCUCAUUAAUAACGAGCCCGGUGCAGGUUUUGGGUAUCUCCAGCGAAUGCGCAGGUCCGGUUUCGAGCUUGAUCCUGCAACUCUGACCACUGUUCUGUCAGUUUGCGCGAAGCCCGAGAUGCGAUAUGCUUGUGAAAUGAUGCAUUGCUUGAUAGUUUCAAGUGGGUUUGAGCAGAUUGUUCCUGUUGGCAACGCGCUGGUGAGUUCGUACUUUAAAUGCGGGUGUGCGAGCUGUGCAUAUAAGGUGUUUGGUGAAAUGCGUGAGAGAAAUGUGGUCACCUGGACUGCUAUGGUAUCUGGCUUGGCACACUGUGAGUUUUUUGAGGAGGGUCUGAUUUUGUUUAGAGAAAUGAGGAGGGAGGACCAAGAGGCCAACUCAUUGACUUAUUCGAGUUCUCUUUUGGCUUGUUCGGGCCUCCGAGCUCUUCGAGAAGGGAAACAAAUUCAUGGGCUUGUUUUGAAGUCUGGAUUCGAGUUGGAUUUGUGUGUCAAGAGUGCUUUGAUGGACUUGUACUCAAAGUGUGGUGUGAUGGAAGAUGCUUGUAUGAUGUUUCGUUCUUGCGAGCAACUCGAUGAGGUAGCCCUAACGGUGAUGCUCGUUGGUCUCGCACAAAAUGGAUUUGAGGAAAAUGCUUUGAAAUUAUUCGUUGAGAUGGUAGGAAAAAGUAUAGAAAUUGAUGCAAAUAUGGUAUCGGCAGUUCUUGGAGCAUUUGAUGUUUACGCUCCUUUUGCACUCGGGAAGCAAAUCCACUCGUCAGUAAUCAAGAAAGGGUUAGGGAAUAAUGUCUUUGUGUGCAAUGGGCUCAUCAACAUGUACUCUAAAUGCGGAGAAUUGAGGGAUUCUAUCAAAAUAUUUGAUUCUAUGGUACAGAGGAAUGCAGUGUCAUGGAACUCUAUGAUUGCAGCAUUUGCUCGCCAUGGCUAUGGAUCAACGGCCCUUCAACUAUACGAGAAUAUGAAAUUGGAAGGUAUCGAGCCUACUGAUGUCACAUACAUUUCGUUACUCCACGCAUGUAGCCAUGUGGGUUCGGUCAACAAGGGCAUGGAGUUUUUGGAUUUGAUGUUAAAGGUUCAUCAUAUUGAGCCAAGAAUAGAGCAUUAUUCCUGUGUGGUCGAUAUGCUAGGGCGAGCUGGUCUUCUGAAAGAAGCACAAAAUUUUAUCGAGGGUUUAAUGAUAAACCCAAAGGCUCUCCUUUGGCAGGCAUUACUUGGGGCAUGUGGGAUUUAUGGUGCUUUGGAUAUUGGAAAGUAUGCGGCAGAGAGAUUGUUGCUUGAGGAAAGGGAUAGUUCAUCGGCUCAUGUGCUUUUAGCGAAUAUAUAUUCAUCAGAGGGAAAGUGGGAAGAGAGGGCGAGGAUUGCAAUGAAGAUGAAGGAAAUGGGGGUGAAGAAGGAUACGGGGUUGAGCUGGAUCGAAGUUGGAAUGGAGACUCAUAGUUUUGUUGUUGAAGAUAAGGCACAUAGUCAAAGUGAGGCUAUUUAUGAAGUGUUGCAUAAGUUAAUUUCAAUCAUCGGAGAGGAGGAUCAUUUGCAUGACUUGGAUCUAUAGGGUAAGAGGGCUCGUGCUUCAAAGGUGUCAAUACCAACACGCGAACUGAACUUCGAAAAGGAAUAUGCAGCUGCAACAAAAAUCAUGGCAACUCUGUUGAUGUUCGAGCUAGUUUUAAAGCUUCUGGGGAAAAAAGAGAAUUUUGCCGGACUUCUGAAAUUUCUCUGUUUCCUGUAAGUUGUGCUUUGAAAAAAAACUGAGAAUAGAGUAGGAGGUACAACAGGAAUUCAAGUAGACACAGAAACCUAUACAGGGUUUAUAAGUUGCAAGUAAAUAUGAUCCUAAUUUUUAAAUAGAAGGCUUGGUGACCUUCUGCAGAAACAGAAAGAAAGAGGUGGGAUUAGAUAUAUCAUCAGGAAGCUAGCCACCACGAGAUAUAGCAAGAUUGUUAAAGUUCCAAAAAACUUUCAAAAAGAGGCAGGAACUCCUGCUGGUUUGUUUCAUGACCGAAAUAUAUUUGAUAGUCUUGCUCGGGAAAUAGUUAUCAUAAAGGGGUACUCCUAUGGUCGUUACCUGUGGGUGAUGAAUUUUGUGAAGUGUAAAUAGACAUUGGCAAUUGUGAUUCAAAAUCGACAUACAAGUAAAUAUGAUCCAAAUCUUAAAGAGAAUGUUGGUGUCUUUCUGCAAAGAAUGUGUGCUUAGAUAUAGCGGGCCACACACAGGUUUUUUGGAGUGUAAGAGGGAGUAGUUCUGUUGGUUAUGGCCUCCAUAAAGUAUAUCAAGCUUGCUAAAGCUUCAAAUAAGUUUCAAAUAAAGAAGCAGGACUAAUGUGUCAGCGUUAGAUAAUUUUUGGUGGAUCAUUAAUGCAUUUGAUCAGGAGCACUUGAUACUUUCUCAUGUUUUGUGAACUCAAAUAUGAACACAGGCAUUUGGUAAUUACAUCAUGGGACACUGAAUUCUAUGUAUGAAUUUGUGUGUUUUGAAAAACCAAGAUCUGGAAAGGAGUCUCUUGUGACUUCUCAAUAUUGAAAAACCAUACAAGUUGCAGAUACUUGGGAACUGAUCUGGAAACAAAAUCGAAGUUUUCUUUGCAACCAAGAUGCAGCUCAAUUAAUGGUUAAGGAAGAAGUUAUAUUACCAUAUUGGAGACACAUUUUGAGAUGGAAACAGCUGCUUUGGCUCUCACCCUGAGGUUAACAUGGUUAACACAAGAUUGAAGCUUUUUCAGCAAUGGAAGUGGAGUUGUGAACUGAG